GAUACUGAGAGCAACAUAUAUCUUAACUUCUGAACAGCCAAAUCUUUUGCUGCAAAACUUGCUUCAAAUCUGAACUCAAGUCCAAAUCCUUUGCAAAGAAUCGAAACAUGGCUUUGGUUGGAGAGGCUAUUCUCUCUGCCUCCGUGCAGGUGCUGUUUGACAAGAUUGGUUCCAGCGAGUUCGUGGACUUGUUCCGGAGAAAGAAACUGGACGAGUCGCUUGUGAAGAAACUGGAGAUAACGUUGUUGAGCCUUAAUGCGGUGCUUAAUGACGCGGAGGAGAAGCAAUUCCGGAACAGCUACGUGAAAGAGUGGCUUGAUAAGCUUCAAGAUGCUGUCUUUGAUGCGGAUGACCUUCUGGAUGAGAUCAAUGCUGAAGUUUUGCGAUGCAAGGUGGAAGCUGAAUUUCAAACCGUCAAAACUCAGGUGUGGAACUUCCUCUCUACUUCUCUUAAUCCUUUUUAUCAAGGCAUGAAUGGUAGGAUUCAAGAGUUGUUUGAUAGAUUAGAACACCUCGCAAAACAAAAAGAUUUCCUUGGGCUGAGAGAAGGUGUUGUUGGGGGGAAGGUUUCUCAAAGAACUCCAACAACUUCCUUGGUGGAUGAAUCUUGUGUGUACGGUAGGGAUGGAGAUAAAGAAAAGCUGAUGAAACUGUUGUUAUCUGAUGAUGCAAGCGACAAGGAUGUCUCCGUCAUCACCAUAGUGGGAAUGGGCGGGGUUGGCAAGACAACCCUCGCUCAGCUCCUUUAUAAUGAUGAAAAAGUGAAAGAGCAUUUUAAUCUUAGAACCUGGGCUUAUGUUUCGGAAGCUUUUGAUGUUACUAGGGUAACUAAGACCCUACUUGAGUCAGUCAGUUCAAAAGCUUACGAUAAUAAAGACCUGAGUUUUCUUCAAGUUGAGCUAGGACAACAAAUAAAGGGCAAGAAAUUUCUGUUUGUGUUGGAUGACCUUUGGAAUGAGAACUAUGGUGAUUUGAGUCUCUUGCAACGUCCUUUUGCAUCCGGGGCAAGUGGAAGUUGGGUCAUUGUGACAACACGUAACGAAAGUGUUGCAGCUCGCAUACGCACCGUUCCAAUUCACUUUUUGGAACAGCUGUCCAAUGAGGAUUGUUGGUUGUUACUUUCAAAACAUGCCUUCGAAAAUGGAAACUCAAGUGCGCAUCUAGAGCUGGAAGAAGUUGGUAAGAAAAUUGCUUCUAAGUGCAACGGUUUACCAUUAGCUGCAGAGACACUUGGAGGCCUCUUACGUUUCAACACAAAUUUUGAGGAAUGGAAUAGCAUACUAAAUAGCAAUAUUUGGGAGUUGCCUCCUGAAAAAUGUAAUACAAUUCCAGCUCUAAGAUUGAGUUACUGUUAUCUCCCAACUCAUUUAAAACGAUGUUUUGCUUAUUGCUCAAUUUUUCCGAAGGGCUAUAAAUUCCAAAAGGAAGAUAUUGUUCUACUGUGGGUGGCAGAAAGUUUAAUUCCACAAGCUGAGAGUGAGAAAAGUAUGGAAGAGCUCACUAAGAAAUACUUUGAUGACUUAUUGUCACGAUCAUUUUUUCAAAGAUCAAGAAAUGAGAAGUUCACAAUGCAUGAUCUCAUCAAUGACUUGGCCAUGUCUAUGUCAAGGGAAUCCUGUUUGAGAUGGGAAGGGGGCGAAUCACAUGAAGUUUUGAAAAAAGUUCGGCAUUUGUCGUACGCUAUAGGCCAAUUUGAUUGUGCUGCGAAAUUUGAGCCAUUAUAUGAGGUUAAGCAUUUGCGAACCUUCCUACCUCUUGGAAGAGAAAGGGGUACAUAUUAUAUAAGUAAAAAGGUCUUACAUGAGUUAUUGCCAAAUUUAACAUGUUUACGGGUGCUAAAAUUGUCAAACUAUGGUAAUAUUGUUGAGUUACCCCAUUCUAUUGGUAAUCUCAUUCAUUUGCGCCACUUGGAUCUCUCUAAUACUGCAAUCAAAAGGUUGCCUACCACAAUUUGCACUCUCUAUAGUCUACAAACAUUAUUAUUGGUAGGUUGUGAGUCUCUUUUUGAAUUGCCUGCAGACAUGAGAAAAUUGAUUAACUUGAGAAAUCUUGAUUGUAGUGGAACUCAAAUUGAAGAGAUGCCGCUGGAAAUGAGUAGACUAAAAAGUUUGAGAACAUUGACUACUUUUGUUGUGGGGAAAUCUACUGGAUCAACUAUUGGCGAAUUGGGGGAGUUGUCCCAUCUUGGAGGAAAACUUUCAAUUUUGAAGCUUGAUAACGUGGUUGAUGGUAGGGAUGCCUUGCAAGCUAAUUUGAAGAACAAACAAGAUCUCAAGGAUUUAGAGUUGGCAUGGGGCUCCAAAGAAGCCGAUCAUUCCGAAAAGUUGAGAGAUGUACUUGACAAGCUCCAACCUGGCAUGAAUUUGGAGAAAUUGACCAUCAAACAUUAUGGUGGGACCAGCUUCCCAAACUGGUUGGGACACUCUGCCCUCAAUAAAAUAAAAGUUUUGCGCCUCGAAGGUUGUCGUUAUUGUUUCGAGUUGCCACCGCUUGGACAGCUACCUUCUCUUAAGGAGCUCAACAUAUGUAGGAUGGAAUUUCUUAGGACGUUAGGUCCUGAGUUCUAUGGUCAGCCAUUUCAGCCAUUUCAAUCGCUGGAGAUGAUGGAGUUUAGGGAGAUGGCAGAGUGGGAGGAAUGGGUACCAAGUGGAAGUGAAGGUCCAAACUUUCCUCGUCUGCGGAGGUUGAUUCUAAGUAGGUGUCCAAAGCUGAGAGGAAGCUUGCCUUGUGAUCUGCCUUGCUUGAAGGAGCUUAGCGUGAAAGGGUGUGGGGUUUUACAUGAUCAAAGGGCCACUGCUACCACUAGUACUAGUACUAGUCUCAACUACAAUUCUCUUGAAGAAUUGGAAAUAGAAGAUGGAUGCCAAACAGGACUGUUAUCAUUACUAGAGACAAAGCUCCUGUCCCGACUUUAUGUUAGACGUUUUAAUGACAUACAGUGCUUGCCCAACAUCAAUCGUCUUCAAAGUUUGAGUCUCUGGCGUUGUCCAAGGCUAUUGUCGUUCCCUGAAGAUGGCCUACCCACUUCGUUGACCUCACUUGAGAUUAACAGUUGUAGGAGAUUAGAAUUCCUACCUCAUGAGAUGUUGGCCCAAUUAACAGCGCUCGACUCUUUGACGCUAUGGAAUAGCUGUGAUUCAAUGAGGUCCUUCCCCUUGGGCAUUUUUCCCAAAUUGACGACACUUGAUAUUCGCAAUUGUGAGAAUCUGGAAUCGCUUUGCUUGAUUGAAGAAGAAGGAGCGGUCGAGAAUCUCAGUCAUCUCAAUAAUUUAAAUAUUGAAGGCUGUCCAAAUUUGGUGUGUUUUCCCCAGGGAGGAUUGCCCACUCCCAACCUGACUCAAUUGUGUUUCAGCAGAUGCGAGAAGUUGAAGUCAUUACCUGAACGCAUUCACACCCUCACAGCCCUAAGAUUAUUAGAUAUAAUGGAUCUUCCAAAUCUGGAGUCAAUUGCAGAUGAUGGGGGUUUGCCUCCCAACCUCCGAUAUUUUACAAUUGAGAAUUGUGAGAGACUGAGGGCUUCAUCUUCAUCAGUGGGAGACUACUGUAACUGGGGUUUGCAAGCACUUGUCUCCCUUACAGAAUUUACAAUUCAUGGCAGGGGAAGUGAUGAAAUCUUGGAGACGUUGCUCAAGCAACAGCUGCUCCCUACCACUCUUCACACUCUCAGGAUUUCUUCAUUAUCAACUCUGAAAUAUUUGGAUGGAAAGGGACUUGCACACCUUACUUCUCUUCAAGAACUAUUUAUUGCUGGGUGUGACAGUCUGGAAUUCCUGCCAGGAGAGGCACUUCAACACCUCACUUCUCUUCAAAAGCUAUAUAUUUUCAGUUGUCCGAGUCUCCAAUUCCUGCCAGAAGAGGGUCUGCCGCCAUCUCUUUCUUAUCUGAAGAUCGUCGGCUGUUCUGCCCUGGAGAAAAGAUAUCAGAAUAAAACAGGACAAGAUCAUUGGGCCAGCAUAUCUCACAUUCCAUACAUCAGGAUAAAUGGUGAAGUCAUCAUAUGAUGAUAUGACCUCUCUCUCUCUCCCUCUCUCUCUCUCUCUCUCUCUCUCUCUCUCUCUCUCUCACAUAUGAUGAUAUGAUACAUCAGGAGGCAACUUUCCUUUUCCCUGUCUCCCUGGUCCAGCUGCUACUUCAUUACCUAGUAGCUUUAUCUAUAUGAUUGUGUAGAUAUGCAUAUAAUCUCUUAUCUGCAAAUGAUUUUUAAGAGAAAUACACAAGUACUCGUCCAUCACAGAACAGGAACAGAGCUGAUCUUAAGAGAAAUACAACUGUAAGAGCUUUAACAGGAACAGAGCUGCCUUCCAUCCCUGAAUUGUGCUCAAACCAAUGCUCAAGGUGAAGAUACGAACCUCACCCUAUUCGGAAGCUCUUCCAUCCCCAAAACCCCUUAUAAUUGUCGAAAACCCUCCUAUUCCUCCCCUUCUGAUGUUAGCCAACUCACUCCAGCCUUCCUGAAUAACACAUACCACAAAUUUGAGAUAACAUCCAUGAUUUAUUGUAUUUCCCCAGUGUUGUAAUAGAUAACAUCCGUGCCUUCUCAUCUGAUUUACUCAUUUGCCAGAGUGGGAGGAAUGAAGACCAGAAGGCCGGUGUCCAGAUUUUCCUCAUCUCAAGGACAUGACUUUAGACAAGAGUCUGAAGCUAAGAGGAAGCUUGCCUUCUCAUCUCACUUGCUUGAAAGACUUAGCUUGUCAUCUGGGAGUGGGGUUCUACAUGAUGAAAGGGCCAGUACUACUUGUAACAUGGAAUAAUGUCUUCGAAGAAUUAGAAAUAUGUGAUGGAUGCCCUAUUUGAUAUGAUGCCAUUUCCAAUUCAAAAACUUUUCAGAAUGACCUUAUCAGCUUCCAACAAACUCGAGAAAUGCAUGCUCUGAUGUGUUGAAGUUGAAGAUUUCGAGAAAGAAUGAAAGCUGUAGCAGAAAACAUAGGGCUGAGAUCUCUCCAAGAUGAUUUUGGGGAGGUUUGCCAAUUGGCCUUAGUGAAAUCAUAAAAGAAAAAUAGUUCAUUUGUGUUUGGAGGGGCGGCCUUCAUCUGAUCUGACCACAUGGAAAAGCUCUCUUUGUGUUGAUGAAGAAUUCUCAAACAAGAUAAACUGAUGUUAAACACUGGGGGACACGUCUUUGUUUGGUUUUCUUGCAAGAAAAACAACGUUAAACUGAUGAUAAACUGAUGUUAAAGCUCGUAUUGUUGAAGUUCAAUUUCUUCUUCUUCCGCAUUGAAAGAUUAUAGCUUUGUCUAUGAAUUCUUCAAGGACAGCCAGUUUGAUACUGAUUGUUGUUUCCAACAAAAGCUUUGUCUCUACACAUUAUAGCUUAUUCCUCGAAUGUUACAUAUAUUCAAUAUUUCCGUACAUUUCAAGAAUUUUGACAAGCAAACGGUCAUUGAAGUUCAAUAUUAAAUAUUCUGAGGUUGUCUACGCUA